UGCCCAUGGCCGCCGUGCAGGAGCCGGGCGAACCCGGGAAGGGAAAGCCCUUUAAGCUACUAGGAAUUUUAGAUGUUGAAAACACGCCCUGUGCACGGGAUUCAUUAUUAUAUGGUUCACUUGGAUCUGUUGUGACUGGCCUUGGACACUUUUUGUUAACUAGUAGAAUUAAAAGAUCAUGUGAUAUUGGAUUAGGAGGAUUUAUCUUGGUUACUUUAGGAUGCUGGUUCCACUGUAGGUAUAAUUAUGGAAAGCAAAAAAUUCAGGAAAGAAUUGCCAGAGAAGGAAUUAAAAAGAAGAUUUUAUAUGAGAGUACCCACCUUGAUCCCAAAAGAAAACCAACUGACAAAAACAGCAGCAGCUAAGUAAGAAAACCCAUAUACAAUUCAUUCAAGUUCAUCAUCAUGAAGAGCUUGCAAACAACAAUACAGAAUUUUUGUGCCAUAAUAAAGUUCUCAAUAAAGCAAAUAGAC